GAGAGAGAGAGAGAGGAUGUGUGUGUAUGUUUCUCUGUUUCGAUAAGUUGAACAAUUCCCACAUGUGACUUGAAGUGGAUUUGGCUGAUAAUUGUUUCUUUGACAACUGACAGAACCCGGCCGACAGGCGAAUUAGGUAAAUACUCGACCGAAAACGGCAGCAGGCAAAUAUUUUAGAAACAACAAUUUAUUUCGACCAUGUCUUCAGCGCUAUUGAAAUCAUUUUUCUUUGUAUUAUAUCUCGUGGGAUCCAUCGAAGCCUUUUUGUUUGAUAAGGUCCGAAACAAUACUGAAUGGUGGGGUUACGUGAAUGUCCGUCCUCAAGCCUACAUGUUCUACUGGAUGUAUGAACAUGUGGAACCUGAAAACAGACCCCUUAUUCUAUGGUUGCAGGGAGGUCCUGGCGCUUCUUCAGUGGGAUUUGGUAAUUUCAUGGAAAUUGGCCCCUUAGACAUAAACCUCCAACAUCGCAAAUAUACUUGGCUGACAGAGGCCAGUCUUUUGUUUAUUGAUAAUCCAGUUGGUUCCGGCUUCAGUUACGUCACUUCCGACUCCGCUCUGGCCAAAGAUGUCCAAACCAUUGCCCAUGAUUUGAUCACAACAUUAAAAACGGUUUUGAAAAAGCCUUUGUUUCGGAAAGUUCCAUUGUAUAUCUUUUCUGAGUCUUACGGUGGCAAAAUGGCUUCAGUGUUCAGCUUGCGGCUCUGGAAAGCUAUCCAAAAUGGGGAAUUGAAAUGUAACUUUCGUGGAUUGGCCAUGGGAGACUCCUGGAUAGAUCCAUCAAAGAUUGUGUUAUCUUGGGCGCCGUUCCUUCACACUAUGUCUCUUGUAGAUGAGAACGGUCGCGCUUUGGUGAACAGGUAUGCGGAGAAGGUUGCAGGUUUGGUGAAGUUGGGACAGUAUGCGGAUGCCACGCGCAUGUGGCGCGCAACCGAGAAUGUUGUUGCAAAUUUGACUGGAGGCGUGAACUGGUACAACAUACUGCAGUGGUCACCACGAGCGACGAGGGACAGCUACCAGAACCAGGAAUUUAUCGAUACACCACAACACAUAAAGGACCUUUUCUGGACGUGGACUGGCCCCUUGCAAAUCAGUAAACUCUCCAAACUAAUGAAUACAGUAAUUCGGAAAAAACUGGGGGUCAUCCCAUCCCAUGUGGUUUGGGGAAGUCAAGCUGGGAAAGUGUUUGUAGCACAAGUGGGUGAAUUCAUGAGAGCAGAAACUAAAGUUGUUAAUGAGCUGAUCCGUUCGAGCAGACUAAAAGUGGUGGUUUACAGUGGACAACUGGACCUUAUUGUGGCAACCUUAGGUACUGAAAAAUGGGUGGAAGAUCUGGACAUUGCCAUGGCCUUUAAAAACACCAAAAGAAGAAUUCUUGUUGAUCCAAUCACACAAACUGUUAUGGGAUAUAAAAGAAGCCUAAAAAAUUUCUCAUUCUACUGGAUGUUAAAUGCAGGUCAUAUGAUUCCAUCAGAUAAUCCAACGGGUGCAUUGCAAAUGGUCAAAUUAAUUUUAGCUUGAGCUUAACAGAAAGGUCAACCCUACACAAGCCUUCAAGGACCUGAGUAUUUUGGAAGCAUCUCAAACCUACUUUUGUUCUCCGGUGAAAAUUGCCAAAAAUAAAUGCUUCAAAGAUUUAUU